AUGAUUAUUGAUUCUUUUGGAAAAUUUGUCACAUCCUCAAUCGUAGCAACGUUGUUGCUAUUAGAGAUAUUCGCACUCGCGGCCCGGGCCCAGCUGCAGACGAAUUUCUAUGCGAAAGCAUGCCCAAACGCCGAGAAAACCGUGCAAGACUACGUCCACAAGCACAUCCCAAAUGCCCCUUCCCUCGCGGCAGCCCUUAUUAGAAUGCAUUUCCACGAUUGCUUUGUUAGGGGGUGUGAGGCCUCGGUGCUGUUGAACGUGACAUCGAGCACCGGGAACCAAACAGAGAGAGUUGCAAUUCCAAACAGGACCCUCCGUGGAUUCGGCUUCAUUGAUGGGGUGAAGUCCCUGCUUGAAGCCGAAUGCCCCGGGAUUGUCUCUUGCGCUGACAUCAUUGCGUUGGUCGCAAGAGACUGUUCCUUCUUGAAGGGAGGUCCCUUCUGGAAUGUUCCAACUGGGCGUAGGGAUGGAGUGAUAUCAAAUGCUUCAGAAGCAUUGGCACAAAUUCCAGCUCCAACAAGCAACUUCACUACUCUCCAGAAUGAUUUUGCUGCCAAGGGCCUUGAUCUUAAAGAUCUCGUCUUGUUGUCCGAGUUGAUGUCUUGGUGA